AUGCCCCUGCGAUUAUUGUGUCUCCAUGGCUGGGGAACAAAUCAAAAGAUUCUACAGUCGCAAUUGAAUGGGCUCAUCAAAGAGCUCCAAAAGGACAAUACAGCAACAUUCUCUUUCCUAGAGGGUGACAUCGACUCAGAUCCUGGCCCGGGCAUCGCCGGCUACUAUGAAGGCCCGUACUACAGCUAUUACCGGUUCCCACGGACAUUCUCGCUCGAAGAUAGCGACGAGACCGACAUCCUGGAGGCGUACGAGCGGUUGAAUGAAACAGUCGCCUUGGAAGGUCCCUUCGACGGCAUCUUGGGCUUUUCGCAUGGCGGCACAUUGGCUGCGGGCUUCAUGAUCCACUACGCUAAGAUGUACCCGAAGGAGCAGCCCUUGUUUCGCUGUGCCAUCUUCAUCAAUUCGCUGCCGCCAUUCAGGAUGGAUCCUGCUCCUGGAUCGCGGCCAGUUGUGCAUGAUGGCUUGCAGGGUUUCAUUGGUGUUCCCUGUCUGCAUCUUGCUGGUGCGCAGGAUCCGCUUUUUGAGUAUUCGUUGGCACUGCAUGGGAUUUGUAAUGCGCGGACUUCUACUUUUGCGGUCCAUGGGAAGGGUCAUGAUAUUCCCAGCGAUCGAAAGAAUGUUGUUAUGAUGGCUACCGCUAUUCGGAAAUUGUGUAGUCAGACUCUCAUCUGGUGA